AUGGAUGAGAGGGGUUUGGUGGUUGGUGAGAAAGGAUGGGAUGAGAGGGGUGUGGAAGGGAAGGGUGUUUUGUGUGCGUAUGAGUUGGGUGGUUGCCUUGGGAAAGGAUGGGAUGAGAGGGUUUGGGUGGUUGGUGAGAAAGGAUGGGAUGAGAGGGGUGUGGAAGGGAAGGGUGUUUUGUGUGC